AUGAUGAAGCUCACGGGGCUCUUUCUGAGCGCCUUGCUGGUUGGCUCCUCCUCGGCAACGGAGAAGUCGCUACUGCUAGAACAGGGUCGUCAGCUGACCGACGAGUGCGACAUGUACGGGUACGGUUGUCCGCCCGAUAAAUGGUGUGAUGUCGAUGAGCUCAAAUGCUACCGCAAGCGUAACCCUGGUGAACGGUGCAACCGAGACGAAAAGUGUUUGAGUGAGAACUGUGUUCACAAUGCCUGCCGCGGCACGGCUGACCCAUGCCUUCUUAUCGAUUGUCCAUGGGGCACGUACUGCGACAAUGGUCAAUGCGUCGAUGAUCUCUGCAACCACGACCAUGAUUGCCCUCAAAAUGAGUAUUGUAGGAAUAACGGACAAUGUGUCAGGUGCUUCCUGGACACUCACUGUGCCAGCAACAGCAUCAACAAGUUCUGCAAGAGCUACGAAUGUGUUGGUUGUAGGUACGAUAGCCAUUGUUUGCAAGGAGAGAAAUGCAUGGAUCUUCAAUGUGUCAAUGAGGGCAUGUGCUACGGUGAUGACGAUUGCUUUAAUAACUGGUACUGUAACAACCAGGGGCAGUGUGUGGAAUGCUAUCGAGACAACCAAUGCAACCAAAAUCAAAAGUGCGAGGACAAUUACUGCGUGGAUAUUGCACACUGCUACAGCGACAACGAAUGUCAAAAUGGCUGGCACUGCAACAGCCAUGGAUACUGCGUGGAGUGUUGGCUUGAUAACCAAUGCGGGCAAAAUGAGGUCUGUGUGAACGACCAGUGCAUUGUCCAUGUCGAAUGCGUCAAUGACAACGACUGCAACCACAAUGAAUACUGCACUUCUGACAACGAAUGCGAGCCAAAGUGUUACCACAGCCAUGAUUGUGCGCAUGGAUACUGGUGCGACCUGUACAUUCAUCAGUGUGUAGCCUUGCUCCAGAAUGGUGCGAUCUGCGAUUAUCACGACGAAUGCGAAAGUGGUUGGUGCAGGCCAAGGAACAACCAUCCAGAUAUCUGCCGAGCCAAGAAGAACAACGGUGCUUCCUGUAAUGACGACGUGGAAUGUCAAUCAGACUUUUGCUACAAUGGAAACUGUCGAAGCAACCUGCCCGUUGGAGAUACCUGUGACUAUCAUCACGAAUGCGACAGUGGCCUCAAUUGUUUGUGUACCACUUGGACGUGUGGUUAUCUCAAGCCUGCCGGUGCUUCCUGCGAUGACAAUUGUGAAUGCGCCAGUGAUUGGUGCAACAACUUUUAUUGUCGAAACAGAAAGGGUCUAGGUGAGACUUGCAAUGGUGAUUGGCAAUGUGAAUCCGGCUCUUGCGACAAUUAUGACUGUGGUUAUUGGUUCAUGACCUAUCACUGCGGAUCCGAUACAUGUGUUCCUGUGAUGGGCAACAUUGGUGAUUAUUGUACGCAAGACUACCAGUGCAAAUCGGAUCGCUGCCGCCAACAUGCAUGUCGCAGUAGCCCUGGUGGUGGGCAGCAUGAUUGGUGA